GCGAGCGAGUAGCGUCAGCUGGUCGAAAAGUGCUGGUUGAGAACAGUGCAUGUGUGCGUGUGUUGGGGUGUGUGCAAGUUUGCGUUCAUGUGUGUACGUGCGCAAGGAAAGCACCUCGGGGAGAAAAGGGUGCAGACGACAGAACAGCCGAGAGAGAGCAUAGAGGGAACGAGUUUUUAGGGAGGGAAUCAGUUUGUGUGUGGAGAUCCAGACGAAGACAGUCGAAGCGCGCCGAGUGCUGCUCCGCCGUGCGUCCCGGACACGAUUCUUGAGCUGCGUGCUGCCCUUUGAUUACCCAGAUAAUGCUGCACAAUGCAGUGGAAAAGCCGACUCCUAUUUCAGGUUCCUUCAGAAAGGCUCUCCCCCUCUUCCCCCCUUUUUGCCGUCCCCUUCAGUCUGCAGGUGGGUGCUGGUAAGACCAGAGGGUGUCAUUCCCUACAGAGGGAACACUGAAGGAACACCAUGGCCUUAGCGGGAUGCCCUGACUACUUCUUGCGUCCCUCAAACUACCAGGAGAGCAUGGACCGCACUUCCUCUCGCAGGCCUGAGGAGCUGAUUGUUCCAGGCUUUCAGCGCUCAGCCAAUCAAAAUGUGCCACAUCACCAUGACGACGAUGUGGAUCUGGAGCAGCUAGUGAAUGACAUGAACUCCUCCAUGGAGAGUGUGUACUCUACGCAGGCAGACACGGCGCUAAUCCUAAACAAUGGCCAUGUGCAUGCUCCACACCACCACCACCACAUGCACCAUGCCUACGCGGGACAGGGCCAGUCCCACCGUCGUCACACCCCGCCCUUGCUCCCUUCCUCCCCCUCCAGGGAGAAGCUGCGGCACUCUCAGCCCAUGCACAUCCAGGCCGUCAGGUGCCUGCAGGAAGCACAUCGGCUGCGUCCAGCCUCCCUGCCUGCCAUCCCCAACCCUUUCCCUGAGCUCUGCAGCCCAGCAGGCUCCCCCGUGCUCAGCCCCUUACAGACCUCCGACAACCACAUAGUGAAGGUGUGGAGUGAGGAUGGGGCCGGUAAAGUUUUGGAGAUCCCAGCAGACAUGACGGCCAGAGAUGUGUGUCAGCUCCUGGUCUAUAAGAGCCACUGUCUGGAUGACAACGCCUGGAGUCUGGUGGAGCACCACCCCGUCCUUGGCCUCGAAAGAUGUCUGGAGGACCACGAGCUGGUGGUUCAGGUUCAAGCCUCCAUGAGCAGCGACAGUAAAUUCCUCUUCAGAAAGAACUAUGCCAAAUAUGAAUUCUUCAGGAACCCCCUGAACUUUUUUCCAGAGCAGAUGGUGGCUUGGUGUCAGGAGUCUGAAGGCUCAAUCUCUCCGUCACAGCUCUUACAGAACUUUCUGAACUCCAGCAGCUGUCCAGAGAUCCAGGGCUAUCUGUAUGUGAAAGAGCCUGGGCGCAGGUCCUGGAAGAAACUCUACAUGUUCCUGCGACGCUCCGGGCUCUACUACUCUACUAAAGGAACAUCCAAGGAGCCCCGACACCUGCAGCUACUGUCAGAUCUGGAGGACAGUAACAUCUUCACCAUCAUCACGGGAAGAAAGCUCCACAACGCUCCCGCAGACUACCAGUUCUGCAUCAAGCCCAGCAAAGUGAGGAGCGACUGUAAGGAGCUUAAGAUGCUGUGUGCUGAGGACGAACAGAGCAGGACCUGCUGGAUGACUGCCUUCAGACUGCUUAAAUAUGGAAUAGUACUGUAUCAGAGCUACAACGUUCCCCAGCAGAGGAAGUCUAACCUCUCCCCUUUCUCAGCGCCUGUGCGGAGUGUAUCUGAGAAUUCCCUAGUCGCCAUGGACUUCUCCGGGCGGACUGGUCGCGUCAUCGACAACCCUGUCGAGGCCCAGAGUGCUGCCCUGGAGGAGGGACAGACCUGGAGGAAACGGAGCCAGCGCAUGAAUGUCCUGGGCAGUCCCAGCCCCCUGCACCCAUCCUCUCUGAGCACAGUGAUCCACAGGACACAGGUAUGGUUUCAUGGUCGCAUCAUGAGAGAGGAAGCCCACAAAAUGAUCAUUCAACAAGGCCAAGUAGACGGGUUAUUCCUGUUGCGGGACAGUCAGAGUAAUCCCAAGGCAUUCGUGCUCACCUUGUGCCACCACCAGAAGAUCAAGCACUUCCAGAUCCUACCGUGUGAGGAGGACGGUCAGGUGUUGUUCAGCCUCGACGACGGCGCCACCAAGUUCACAGAUUUGAUCCACCUGGUGGAGUUUUACCAGCUCAACAGAGGAGUGCUCCCCAGCAAGCUCAAACACCCCUGCACCGCCGUGGCCUUGUGACACUCCCCCAUUACCUCCACCCCCUUUUUUUGCACACCUCUCACCCUGAGAUCCCACCCCCAUCUGCCCCUCCCUCACCAACACAAUGAGGUUGAGGAGAAAGAGAAAAGUAAGUCAAGUUUUGGGGAUGUGAACAACUCGGCCGGCAUUGGAGUUUUAAUUUCCCCAAUGUGCCAGGGCUUUUCUCCGCCUUACCGCUGUUUGGAUGUCUGAAUGGGAACCGUUCAGACAGCUAAAGCGUCGGAGAUUGUGGACCUAGCAGUCACCCAACUCCUGCGAUGUUGUCAUGGAGACUGGAUUGUUUUGUCAUCGCCGUUAUUGACCCUGAAGAGAGACCAUAAUGUUGUGAAAACACAAGACAGCUAAGGUCUGUUCAGCAGGAGGGGAUCCCUCCCUCAGAGUCCCUCACCCUUCAUCCCCCUUGACCUCCCUCAUCCUCCAGGCCUGAUAAGCUGUGGUGCCUGCCCCACCCUCGCCCCUUCGCUACAGAGGUGGGCGGGGAGCGCCACCCUCUGACUUCCUCAUCAAUCAUCAGGGAUGGACGGGAACCUCUCUGGGUCUUAUCAAACUCGAUCCAGGAGUUUUCUCAACCUGUGCAGUCCAGUCUGGAUAAGCUGACACCCUGCCCCCCUCCAACCCGACACCCGAGUGGACUUGAUGUGGCCUCUCUGCUGUGUCCUGUCCCACAACCCCUUUUGGUGCAACCCCGAUCCCGCCUCUCCUCCUCCACAGAAGCUCAGAGAAAUGUCGGGAGAGAAGUAGCUAAAGGCAAGAUAAGCAAAGCAGUGGCGAGGGUUUGCUGAAAGGACAGAGGAAUGUUUAUCAGGAAGGCUGUAACAAGCCUCUCUUGUAGAGUUGAUUACUUGAUGUCAUUUUAAUGCUUUUUUAUUACUGUUGAUUCAAUGCAGAACUAGUUUUGCACUCCCGGACGGACAGGCGACAGUUGUUUUCUGUAGCUAAAUGAAGCUGCCUGCUCUCCGUCCCCCCCCCCCGCCCCUCCCCUUCUGAAAAGCAUGCAUGUGAAUUUCCACCAGUUCUGAUUGGAUUACAGUGGCAUGGGAGCAAAGAGAGUUAGGGCUGAUUAUGCAGUGCCUUUCAGGAAGGUUUGGGGACAUGUUUGACCAAUGUGUGGCUUGUACCAACAUGACCGUGCUGUGGUAAAAUGAGUAAAAGAAUGUGCUUCUCAAGACCAUGAGGAAGAGGAGGAAGACUGUUAAAUAGACUCCUGAAAAGUGUGUCCACCCCCAAGCUUCAGCCAUUUAUUUUUUAUUUUUUAAAUUGAAAGGGUUAAAUCUGUCGGUGAAUUUGUCUUUGAAUGUCAUUCUUUUCCCAAGUCUGUUCCUAACUCACUGCUUGCACAUUUUAAUUAUUGAUUUGAUAUUGAUGGGUUGGAGCUGUCAUGUUCGGAUUCUGACCACUGUUCCCUCACUCCAGAAAAGCAACAAAAGCACUCCAUAAUUGUUUUUGUUUUGUUUUUGUUUGUUUUAAUAUGGAAUUGAUCAAAUGACUUGAAAUGUGAACUUGAUUGUGCGUCAACACACAGUGGAAUGAGAUUCACUCGCCUUAAGUGAAAAUUGUGAGCCUUGUGUAUAAAAUCAAAGCUAUAUUAUAAUGCACAUACAGUACCAUAUUUCAGAUUUCAAGAAGAUGGAGUAACAUAAAGAGUCUUGAAGAUUAUGGUAAAUGGAUAGUUCAACACUUCCUUUUCACUUUCUUGCUGAGAGUUAGAAGGGAAGAUAGAUACCACUCUCAUGUCUGUACGCUGAAUAUGAAGCUACAGCCAACAGCUGGUUAGCUUAGCUUAGUAUAAAGACUGGAAACAAGGCGAAACAGCUAGCCUGGCUCUGUCCAUAGGUAACCAAAUCUACCUACCAGCACCUCUAAAGGUCACAUAUUAACAUGUAAUAUCUUGUUGAAAACGACAAUUUGUGGUUUUACCAGGGGUUAUGUGCUGGACUAUUUUUUGGCCGGGCACAGUGACUUACUAAGCUGAAAAGCUGUUAGUUGUACAGUUGCUUCAUAUUUACAGUGCAGACCACAAUGGAAAUAAGUCUUUGACUUUAUUAUGUUACAGUAUCCUUGACAUUCUUUAGAUAUGUGUGACCUGGGGUCCUUUCUCUCAUUGUGUCAAAUGAACUAAACUUAACUAAAGACAUGACAGUGAUAUCAAUCUACCAAAAUGUCAAACUAUUUCUCAAAAGUAAAAAUCCAUUUGAACACGAUUCAGAAAACAGGUACUGAGGAUGCAACCUCACAUUUCUGGGUCUAUUUUCUUGUUGGGUGCUGUACUUAUCUUAUUUCUGGGUAAAAUGUAACAUCACUUCCAGAUAUUUCCAGCAGCUGCAUGGGGGUUUCUAGCAUCAGGUUAUGGUGUCAGUCCCUCACAAUCAAUAAACAGCCACAAAUGUCUUCAACAGCCAAUUUGCAACAACCAUACAAGGAUACAUUUAUAAUAAUAGAAGUAAAGGAAGCCAUUUCCACACCAGCAGUAGCGUCAGUAGACCAGAAUGCCUUGUAGCCAUCAGGUGUGUUGUCAGUAAGGGGCAGUAAAGUGUUAAUUAUUUUAGAGCUGAAAUGAUUCAUUCAGUAGUCAACAGAAAAUGAAAUCGCAACAAUUUCAAUAAUCUUUUUUUAAACAAAAAUGAAAAAAAUGUGACGGUUUUGGCCUUUUCCUUGUCUUGCAUUAGAGUAAACUGAAUGUCUUUGGGUUUUGGACUGUUGGUCGGACAAAAAAGCAAUUUGAAGGCAUCCCAUCAAACAAUUAAUUGAUUAAUUAAGAAAAUCGACAAAUUAACCAUAAAAAUAUGUAGAACAUAAUAUGGCUAGCUAGCUAAAUAUUUGGGGCUAUAGGCCAAUAUUUCAUGGAAAACAGCAUGGCUAUUUCUGGUGGUUGUAGGAAAGCAUUCUGAGAGAUUAAGUGAAAAGGAGACAAGACAGGUAUACUAGGAAAUGUUAGUCCAUUAACAAAAGUAGACUUUGACGCUUAAUCACUAAACAAAUCUAAUUUAAAGCCAUUAUGUGUAGGAUUUGAAAAUGUCCGACUUUGGCGCCCCCUGGUGGUAACAUAAAAAAAACCAGUUAUUUCCACCUGCUAUAUUGACAUAAAAAUGCCACACAUAGUGGUUUUAACAUAUCACUGAGUGUAUUUUCUUUCUGUAAAUUUGUCCCUGCCCUAUGGCCAUCCAAAAGACAAGAAAGGACCAUAUUUAUAGGAAUAGGAACAGGAGAGGAGGCUAAAGAAGUCCUUUUGUCUUUUCCUGCCCUCCUCCUGCUGUGUGACCUGCGAAUGAAAAUCCUGCAUGCAUGUGACAUAACACCUGCUUAGCCUAACCUGCACCUCCUCUCCAUCCUGUACCAGACUCGCAAUGAACAGGGUUAGCACGAGGCCACCAGACUCCCUGCCAGGCUUACUAAACUCUCUCCAAGUACUGUUGUUGACUCACAAGCCACUUCCACCACCAGUUGACCAAUCACGUGACUUGACGGAUUCACCAGCUAGGCGCUCCACCAAUCAGGCCUUUCUAGUCAGCCAGGGCAUACUCUCUCCAGGGAUUGGAUAAUGCUUGAACCCCCUGCCCCCCUUUCCCACCUGUGUCCAGCCUGUAAGCUAUGACCCUGUGUGUGUGUGUGUGUGUGUGUGUGUGUGUGUGUGUGUGUGUGUGUGUGUGUGUGUGUGUGUGUGUGUGUGUGUGUGUGUGUGUGGCCAGACUGUUAUAUUCACUAUUCAGGAUUGCGAAGUCUGCUGCUUAUCAUAACUUGCCUUUUAGAGACAGUAAGUGCUUGUCGGUUGGGUAAAGUCAAGCUAAGCCGUGGAUUUAGAGGAGACAGGAGUUUGGCUGGAGCCAUUUCAGCAUUCAGAAGUCUUCAGUUGAGGUUCUUUCCUAUCUGUCAGAGAGGGGGGCGAAGCCAAAUCGCUAGGGGUCAGCAGGGACAAACCACCGUCCUCUCCUCCCCCUCCCAUUUUUUUAUCACUGUGCUAUAAUGCAAUCCUAUACACAAGCCCAAGUAUAUGAAUAUACCAGUAUACAGUAUAAUUUGUUUUCUAAGUAUGUGAAGCUAUGGAAGACGUAGAUCUAACACUGUACCUAGGUCACAGAUCACUAUGUAUUGGGCGUUAUGCUUUUGCUCAUAACUGUAAAAUGAAGAAUUAUUAUUUAGUCCUUUUUUCCAUUUUUUUUUAUUGUGUGAAUAUUGACAUUGUGUAUUUUCUUUGGUUUGCCACAAAAUGACCUUCUAUUUAUUUAUAUAUAUAUAUAUAUAUAUAUAUAUAUAUAUAAAUAAAUAAAAGGAAUAUACCACAGUAUAUACAGUAUUAAAUUAAGCUGUUUUUUUGGUUUUUUUAGAGAUCAAACUGGAUUUUUGGUGUGUCAAAUUUCUGAACAUCAGUUGUGUGUAUAAGCUGACAGCCUGACAGUCUUCAACUCUGCCAGCAUCCAAUUCUAAUGUAAUUUUGUUUUAAAACCACAUCUUUUUAAUAUCCCCUGUCUGUUAAGUCUGAUUCCACUCAUUCACUUUGAGUUUCAAGAAAACCCUCCAGUACGCACGCAUGCACACACACACACACACACACACACACACACACACACACACACACACACACACACACACACACACACACACACACACACACACACACACACACACACACACACACACACACACACACACACACCAGUGGUUAUUCAAGUAGAGCACACACUCCAACACUUAACUCUUGGGGAUAUUCUUGCAGCUUUUGCACACCUUUCAUCACAAGUAGUGCAAUUAUAUGCUGUAGCUCAAGAGGGUUGUCACUUCAUUAUGUCCAGUUAAUCUGGUUUUAAGGUGCAUAACAAAGGUUUUUAAAUCUUUUUCUUAACCAAGCCUAUUCUUGCAGAAGGUGCCUCUUGUUUGUGAACAGUAUCAGGUCCUUAGUUACCAUCCGUCCACUCACUGCAUUCAUUUACAGUUAGCUGUAACUGUGAAACCUACUCAAAAUUAAUCCUAAUAUCAGGUUAACAUCGCGUAGUCUCAUCGACAAUGUUGACUCACAGUGUAGGUGCAGGUGAAACUGACUCUGUGUUGGUUGUGUUUUAUUUUUGGGUUGAAGUCAUCAUAAGCUGAAGUCAAAUAGACAUUUCAGGGAAAGACAAAAAAGAGAGCAAAUGAACCGUAAUAUUUUUUUCAGAUAACCCCACUUUGCUUUGCUUCAUUCUGUCUGUAUGGCUCCUGGAUCUACAUUGUAUCCUGUUCAGGUAUUUUUGUACAAAUAAGGGACUGAUAUAUUCUCUGUUUAUUGGAAAUUAGAAUAAAAGACAACAUUGCUAUAAACCAAAAA